AUGAAUGAUGAAUUGUGUGGAAACUUUGAUUUUUUGAGGAUUUGUUUACCCGAUGAAUUAGGCGAUACACCAACAUCUGAACUUAAAAAUAUUCAAAAUUACAACAAGUACUGUCCUAAUGGAGACUGUAAUACUGAACUCGAUCAAAUUACGAUUGGAUUUUUAUGGUUACUUGAACAAUAUUUUACUAAAUACCCAAAGAAAGGUCGUGAUGGAAAUAAUAUUAAUCCAAUUUUUUUUAUACAUAUUACUAUAUGGUUAAGUUACAAAUUAAAUCAAAAAUUAGGACACAAUUUCACUAAAAUAAGCGAUUUUUAUACUAAUAGUGUAGAUAAUAGUGGUAAAUAUAGUCAAUUUACAAAAGAUGCCUAUACAAUUUCAGGUCUUGAUGAAUUCAUAGAGAAACAAAAAGAUUUGCUGAAUAUGAAUAUUAAAGAUCUAUCUAAAUUUUAUGAUGCAUCCAAAUUAAUAUGUAGUAUGUAUGGUAAUUUUUCAAAGAAUAUAAAUAAGAAUGAGUUGUUAAAUAAUGCGAAUGAAUUUGUUGUAAAAUAUCAAGAACUUGAUGGAGAAUCUAAUAAUACUACUGACAGUUCAUUUAAACAAAUAUUGUCUGCUUUAUCAGCUGAUUAUGAUAAUUUAAGAAAGAAACGUAACAAUAUUACAUCUCUUCCAGAGAUAACAGCAGACAUGUCUGCAUACAUAUCUAGAGUUACAUCAUCAAGUUCGUCGAUAGGAAACAGAUUAUUUACAGUUUUAUCGAUAUUUGGUGCAAUAGCAUUUUUUUUAGGAAUUUCUUAUAAGUAUUCGUUAUUUGGAUUUCGGAAACGAUUUAAAAAACAACAAAUAAGAGAAAAAAUAAAAAAUAUUAAGAAGAAAAUAAAUCAAUAA